AUGCCGAGCUCGAGCUGUGCCAAACAACGGACGACCGUCAUCUCCACCGCGCCGCUCCACCGACUCUCGUCGUCCGGCGGUCUUUGUUCCUCUUCUUUUCACGUCCGCCGCUCGCCCGUCACAGGAACCGCACCUCGCGAGAUCAGGUUUCCCCCCCCCCAUCUCCAGCAUCACUGUGAGCUGCUUUCCGGGCUUCAAGGACGCGUCUUUCGACGCAGCAGGCCCAGAAAAAGCUGUUCCUCUGUCCGGAAAUCCUUCCCGAUCCAUCCACCACCCUUGCUCGUCUCGUCCGACGACGUCGCAUCCCCUCGUGCGUCCAACCGCCCAUCCACGGUCGCGUCCUACGCCGAGAAUCGUCCUGCACGCGACCCGAUCGGACCUGGGAGGCGUCAGGUUGGGAGAAACAGGGCCAAGGGCGAAAAGAAGGCCCUCCUGGCCGAGGCAGGAAUGGACUCGUUGAUGAGGUAUCUUCCGGGUUUGCUCUAG